CCCGACACAUGGGGUCAGCACGGGCUGAACGGGUUCAGACUGAAGGCUGCCUCUGACGCGGACGCACGCAGACGCCGAUGAGAGCGCGCGCUAAUUAGGAAAACCUGGUCGAGCAAUUAAGCGCGAGGAUAGAAGACGCGCGGAUUGCGGCGCAUAAGAGCUCAUUUAGCUCCCCAGUCACCUUGGCACAAUGAGUUGGAGCUUCCUUACUCGUCUGCUGGAUGAGAUCUCCAACCACUCUACCUUCGUGGGGAAGGUCUGGCUGACAGUACUCAUCAUCUUUCGCAUCGUGCUGACAGCCGUUGGUGGUGAAACGAUCUACUACGAUGAACAGAGUAAAUUUGUCUGCAACACUCAGCAGCCUGGAUGUGAGAACGUGUGCUACGAUGCGUUCGCGCCGCUCUCACAUGUACGAUUCUGGAUCUUUCAGGUGAUCAUGAUCACCACCCCCACCAUUAUGUACCUGGGAUUCGCCAUGCACAAGAUUGCCCGCAUGGACGACAACGAGUACCGGCCCAUUCGGAACCAGAAGAAGAAGAUGCCCAUCGUCAGCCGUGGGGCCGUUCGAGACUACGAGGAGGCUGAGGACAACGGAGAGGAGGACCCCAUGAUUGCUGAGGAGAUUGAACCAGACAAGCCAAAAAAAGCAGAUAAAAGCUCAGAGAAAAAGCAUGACGGUCGUCGGCGGAUCCUGCGUGACGGCCUGAUGAAGGUCUACGUGUGCCAGCUGCUGUGGCGCUCUGCUUUCGAGGUCUCCUUCCUUUUCGGCCAAUACGUCCUCUACGGCUUUGAGGUGAUACCCUCCUACGUCUGCACGCGCUCGCCGUGCCCACACACUGUGGACUGCUUUGUGUCCCGCCCCACAGAGAAAACCAUCUUUCUGCUGGUGAUGUACGUUGUGUCUUUCCUCUGCCUGCUCCUCACCAUCUUUGAAAUCAUCCAUCUUGGGGUUGGCGGCAUCCGCGACACGUUUCGCAGACGGGCCGCCCUCAGCUCACGUGGCCCCCCUCCAUCCUCCUCACGUUCCCUGCCCACAGCUCCACCAGGAUACCACGUGAGCAUGAAGAAGGAGAAACUGAAAGGAGAGCUAAGGGACUCGCCAAUGGGCGACUCCGGGCGGGAGAGCUUGGGGGACGAGGGGCCAUCGUCCAGGGAGCUGGAACGGUUGAGGAGGCACCUGAAGCUGGCCCAGCAGCACCUGGACCUGGCCUACCAGGCAGAUGAAGGAAGCCCUUCACGGAGCAGCAGCCCCGAGGUCAUCACGGGUGCACAGACGGCUGCCGAGCAGAACCGCCUCAACUUUGCCCAGGAAAAGCAAGGAGAGGCGAGCGAGAAAGGAAUACAUGCCUGAGCGUGCUUCCUGCCUCAAACGUCUGCUCUUCCAUUCCUACUGGCCUUAAACACAUGGGUGAAGCACAUAAUAGGAGUGCAGUCAGACCACUGAGGGAGACCAGAGUGUGCGUGCGUGUGUUGGUGUGUGUGUGUGUGGAUGAGAGAAAUAUGCCUUUCAGUAUUGGGGGUCAGUCAGAAAGAAAGAAAUGCUGACCAAGCUGUGUUGUGACAAAUGGUUCAUCUCCACGACUCUAAACUUGAAAGCCUGCCACAUCUCGAGUUUCUAUUUGCCUACUUAAGUCCAAACUGCGACUGUGCCUUUGGCUAAAACCUUGUCUACACCCUGUUCUUUUACCCACUCUGUGUUUUUGUGGCAGUGCAGUAAUCCUCGUCCAUUUCAGACCUUGUAAGGAUUACCGAAAGCUUUAAACUCCCCUGGCCAAGUGUACUUUUUGUUGUCUUCCUCACAAAAGAGGCUCUCUGUUUAUAAAAUGUCGCCAAAUGUUAACGUCUCACUUUGUUGGCCUCAGAGAGAAUCUCAAAACAACACAGCCUUGGGCUAUGUCAUUACUGGAGCCUGUGCAGCAGCAUUUAUUUUACAACUAGGGUGGCUUAACCUGUGCUAGAUGAGUCAUGUGUUAUUUAAACAGAUUUGACUUUAGGGAUUAUUGGUGUUUAUUAGCCAGAAGCCACACCAUUUCAGAAAUAUGACAGAAUUUUGAAGCCUGUAUAUUUACUCCAAUCGGCCAAAAUGUUUACCUGGGAAAUGCUUGAAUUCUUUAUUGACAGGAAAUGUUCCAAGGAAUUUCCAAGAAUUUUUUUGUACAAUCCAAAAAAUGUCUUGACCAAAGCUUUUUUGUCUAGAAGGAAGGGUUGGCAUCAAGAAUGCCACCUAUUUCACAUGACUGUUGGAAAGCAGGGUCUUGGGUGUUUUUUCUUCCCUAAAUUAUGUACUAUAAAAUGAAUCACAAUGUUCAUGCAUAAAGUUUUUAAAAAUAUUUCUUUUUGGGAGGUUUGCUAAACAGCUGGAAACAUCUGUCUUCUGGGCUACUGUCAACAAUGAAAUUCCAUCCUUGUCUUUUGAAAUUUACAUUCUUCUUUGGUGAGCCAUAUUUUCCAUCCUUGACAUGCACCACCACCACCCAUCCGUUGUACUGAAACAUGGAUGCUUUCAUGCAUCCUGGGGAGAAAAAAAAUGGCGCCCGGCUGAGGAAAGGAUGACAGUUGGCUGCUGACGCACAGCCUGAUGCCAUGUAAACACACAGUCUAAGAUUCAUUGUGAGACUUUUGAUCAAUAGCUUUCAGUGUUCAUACAGAGUUCAUAUUCUUUCAUAGCCUGUCAGUUGGUUUUAUGAUCUUUGGCUGAAAUAAUGAAACUACAGAUUGCCAAAGAGCUGUUUGAUGCUGUACUUUUUGUAAUCAUCUCACUUAAUUUGCUACUUAUUGCAAGGUACGACAUUCCAUUUUUGAGUAUGGUACUUCAAUGGUUUAUAUAUAUAUUUUUUUUCUAUUGCAAGUUUUGUAGUUUUUGUAACUGUAGAGAGUAUUUUGUCUUCAGAGUAAAUAAAUAUAUUUGAACAGUG